CCGAUUGGCCAGAGCACGCUGUUGCUAGGCAGGUGAAGAGGUGCGGGGUGGAGCUUCCUCUUCUGAUGAGUCGGCUCUGAGGUUCAGUCAGCGUGAAGCGUCUCGAUUUGCUGUUGUAACGAAUCUGCUCCGAGACCUUCUACCCACUUUGAGGAGCCGUCGCCGCGCGCCUAUCCUCACCCCUUUCCCCCUCAGCGCCAUGGCCUCGGGAUCUGAUUCUAAAGCAGAUGACUUAUCAACUGCUAUUCUGAAGCAGAAGAACAGGCCUAAUCGGUUAAUUGUUGAUGAAGCCAUCAAUGAAGACAACAGUGUUGUGUCACUGUCCCAGGCAAAAAUGGAUGAAUUACAGCUGUUCAGAGGAGACACAGUUCUGUUAAAAGGAAAAAAGAGGAGAGAAGCAGUCUGCAUUGUUCUGUCAGAUGAUACCUGCUCAGAUGAGAAGAUUCGCAUGAAUAGGGUUGUUCGCAACAACCUGAGAGUGCGCCUGGGUGAUGUGAUCAGUAUCCAGCCCUGCCCCGAUGUGAAAUAUGGCAAACGUAUCCAUGUGCUGCCAAUUGAUGACACAGUAGAAGGGAUCACGGGGAAUCUGUUUGAGGUCUAUCUCAAGCCAUACUUCCUGGAAGCAUACAGACCCAUCAGGAAAGGUGACAUCUUCUUGGUGCGAGGAGGGAUGCGUGCAGUGGAGUUCAAAGUGGUGGAGACAGAUCCGAGUCCUUACUGCAUAGUGGCUCCAGACACAGUAAUCCAUUGUGAAGGAGAGCCCAUCAAGCGAGAGGAUGAAGAAGAGUCAUUAAACGAGGUGGGCUAUGAUGACAUUGGUGGCUGCCGAAAGCAGCUGGCUCAGAUCAAAGAGAUGGUAGAACUUCCUCUUCGACACCCUGCACUCUUCAAGGCCAUAGGGGUGAAGCCUCCACGUGGAAUCCUGCUGUAUGGUCCCCCUGGCACUGGGAAAACUUUGAUUGCCCGAGCAGUAGCCAAUGAAACUGGGGCUUUUUUCUUCCUGAUUAAUGGUCCUGAAAUCAUGAGCAAGCUGGCUGGUGAGUCUGAGAGCAACCUGAGGAAAGCCUUUGAAGAAGCUGAGAAGAAUGCUCCUGCCAUCAUCUUCAUUGAUGAACUGGAUGCCAUUGCUCCAAAGAGAGAGAAGACACAUGGAGAGGUAGAACGUCGCAUAGUAUCUCAGCUGUUGACUCUUAUGGAUGGACUGAAACAGAGGGCACAUGUGAUUGUUAUGGCAGCUACCAACAGACCUAACAGUAUUGACCCAGCGCUCAGGCGGUUUGGUCGUUUUGACAGAGAGGUAGAUAUUGGUAUCCCAGAUGCAACUGGGCGCCUGGAAAUCCUGCAGAUCCACACAAAAAAUAUGAAACUGGCUGAUGAUGUGGAUCUGGAACAGGUGGGAAAUGAGACCCAUGGACACGUUGGUGCUGACUUGGCUGCUCUUUGCUCAGAAGCUGCUCUUCAGGCUAUCAGAAAGAAGAUGGAUCUCAUAGAUCUAGAAGAUGAAACCAUUGAUGCUGAAGUGAUGAACUCCCUGGCUGUGACCAUGGAUGACUUCAGGUGGGCUCUGAGCCAGAGCAACCCUUCUGCUCUUCGGGAGACUGUGGUGGAGGUGCCACAAGUUACCUGGGAAGAUAUUGGUGGUCUAGAAGAUGUAAAGAGAGAACUCCAGGAGCUUGUACAGUAUCCUGUGGAGCACCCAGACAAGUUCCUAAAAUUUGGUAUGACCCCAUCAAAAGGGGUUCUGUUUUAUGGGCCACCUGGUUGUGGUAAGACACUUCUGGCCAAAGCCAUUGCCAAUGAAUGCCAGGCAAACUUCAUUUCCAUCAAGGGGCCAGAAUUGCUUACCAUGUGGUUUGGAGAAUCUGAAGCCAAUGUGCGCGAGAUCUUUGACAAGGCCCGCCAAGCAGCCCCUUGUGUACUCUUCUUUGAUGAGCUGGACUCCAUUGCAAAGGCUCGAGGUGGGAAUAUUGGAGAUGGUGGUGGUGCUGCAGAUCGCGUCAUCAACCAGAUCCUAACAGAGAUGGAUGGCAUGUCCACCAAGAAGAAUGUCUUCAUCAUUGGUGCCACCAACAGGCCAGACAUCAUUGACCCAGCUAUCUUGCGUCCUGGCCGCUUGGAUCAACUCAUUUACAUCCCCCUGCCUGAUGAGAAGUCCCGAGUUGCUAUUCUUAAGGCCAACUUGAGGAAAUCGCCGGUUGCAAAGGAUGUUGACCUGGAUUUCCUAGCUAAGAUGACCAAUGGCUUUUCGGGGGCUGACCUGACAGAAAUUUGCCAGCGUGCCUGCAAACUGGCCAUCCGUGAGUCCAUUGAGAGUGAGAUCAGGCGAGAACGUGAGAGGCAGAUCAAUCCUUCUGCUAUGGAAGUGGAGGAGGAUGACCCAGUUCCUGAGAUACGCAGGGAUCACUUUGAGGAGGCCAUGCGCUUUGCUCGCCGCUCUGUCAGUGACAAUGACAUCAGGAAAUAUGAGAUGUUUGCACAGACUCUACAGCAGAGCCGUGGCUUUGGUAGCUUCAGGUUCCCAUCAGGUAACCAGGGAGGCGCUGGGCCAAGCCAAGGCACAGGAGGUGGCAGCGGGGGCAACGUUUACAGUGAAGACAAUGAUGAUGAUCUUUACGGUUAACUUGCUGUCCUCAGUAGACCAAAUUCCAAGUCAGGCUAAGUUGUACAGGGAAAAUCCAAUGUUCAGUGGACUCCUGAUUUUUUCAUUCCUCAGUCAGAACAGUGUAGCUGCACGUCAGACUUUGUACAGGGGAUGUUUUCUGCAAACACAAAUCCAGACCAAUGUUCAGUUGGGAGACAGACAGUGAAUUAACAAGUAGGGGGAACCGACUUAAUUUCUGAGAAAUUUCUGUUGUAGUUUAUGUGGCAGAAUCAGCAACUUUAGCAAAGGGUACAAUGCUAGCCUGUAUUAAAACAAACAAAACACAAACAAAACCAAAAUAAAAAUAAAAUAAUAAAAUAAUAAAAAUCCCACAAAACUCUAGCUAGG